GCCCCAGACCACACUCAAUGUCGACAUGCAGUCUCCUGGCCUAUUGGGGCAAAACAGUUUAUCCUCAACCACUACAAAUUGAUUGUGUCAAAUUAUGUGUCUUUUGAGGAAAUUUUAGAAUCACCUUUAUUUUAGAAGAACAAUUAAAGAGAAGAAAUAGACACUGUUUCUCAGACUGCUCUUCACAGUCUUUCUGGUGCUUGUUUACGGGGAAAGCGAUGGCAUCAGUACCUUCCAUUGGUUGCCUUCUGGCCAAAAAUCAGUAUUAUCGAAAGGCCAGUAUUUCUUCAGUUAGCUCUGACUCUGUUAAUUUCACAGAUGAAGACAAAUCCCUGCAAGGGUUACCUGAAGUGGCAGAACCCAACUGGUGGUAUAAAUCCUUCUUUUAUUCUGAACCUGUACUUCCAAAUGUAAUAAGAAAAGAUUUGUCUGCUAGUGGCACCAAUUGUUGAUUGUGACAAAGUGACUCUACCUGCUGAGGUGCCACACAUGUGAAUAAUACCCUCCAGCAUGCAGGCUGUUCCAGAUGACUCUUCUCCAUUGUAAAAAGACAAAAAACCUGCCUGAGAUCUCAGCAGCCGCCUUUAAAAUUCAGGCAUUUUCUUCACUAUUAAAAUCAUUACUAUAAGUGUCAUCAGCUUCAUGGAAAAUAUUAGAAAAGCAUGGUUUUAGAAACAUGUGUCCUUGUAAAGUAAUGAGUAUUCAAAUGUAGUAGACUUUUUAUUAUCCAUGUUAUAUUUUCAAAACAAAGAAAAAUAAUUUUUUAAUU